GUGGCGGUGGGUGCCCAGCGCCGCGGCAGCUGACGAUGGGCCCGGCCGUCGGGGGGCUCGGGCUGCUGCUGGCGCUGCCGGGGGCCCUGGGCUCGGGCGGCAGUGCUCAGGAACGGUCCGACAAGGCGCCGGUGAUCGCGGUGCUGCUGGUGCUGCUGUUGGCGCUGUUGGCGGGCCUGGCGCUGGCCUGGCGCCGCCUCAGCCGGGACUCGGGUGGCUACUACCACCCGGCCCGCCUGGGCGCCGCGCUCUGGGGCCACACCUGCCGCCUGCUCCGGGCCAGCCCCCCCGGCCGCUGGCUGCAGACCCGGUGGGUCCCCGAGCGCCCGGAGGAGGAGCCGGCAGGGGACGAGUGCGACUGGGAGCCCGAGGCCGACCCGGAGGAGCAGCGCGACGCGGAGGAGCCCGGCCCGCAGCGGGUCCUGAUGCCGGCCGAGGACAGCGACCAGGACCACGACCUGGACGGGGACAUGCAGGGGCCGGCGGGCGCGGGGGGCAGCUCGGAGGCCCUGCUGAGUGGCCUGCAGGGCUUUGCAGGCAGCGCGGCCUGGGACGACAGCGCGGGCGCGGCGGGGGGUCAGGGCCUCCAUGUCACUGCGCUGUAGGGACCCCGGGGUCGCGGCCUCCACGUCCACGUCACCACGCUGUAGGCCGGCCCCGGGUCACCGCCGAACCCUUCC